GCAUGGCCCGGACUGUGCGCGGGCCCCGCGCGAGCGGCUCCGGCGCGAGCGUCACGUCGGGCCGCGCCCCCUCCGCCCCUCAGGGACUCGUCACAUCCCGCAGGGGUCCCACCGCCCCCCAAAUUCCACCGCCCCUCAGGGACUCGUCACAUCCCGCAGGGGUCCCACCGCCCCCCAGAUUCCACCGCCCCUCAGGGACUCGUCACAUCCCGCAGGGGUCCCACCGCCCCCCAAAUUCCACCGCCCCUCAGGGACUCGUCACAUCCCGCAGGGGUCCCACCGCCCCCCAGAUUCCACCGCCCCUCAGGGGCUCGUCACAUCCCGCAGGGGUCCCACCGCCCCCCAAAUUCCACCGCCCCUCAGGGACUCGUCACAUCCCGCAGGGGUCCCACCGCCCCCCAGAUUCCACCGCCCCCCAGAUUCCACCGCCCCCCAAAUUCCACCGCCCCUCAGGGGCUCGCUCCAUCCACAGGGAUCCCACCGCCCCCCAAAUUCCACCGCCCCUCAGGGGCUCGCUCCAUCCCUCGGGGGUCCCUCAGUGGCUCCUCACAUCCCGCACGGUGCCACCGCCCCUCUCCGCGCCGGCAGCGAGGGGCCCGGGGCUCUGCGGGCAGCGCCUCCGAGCCCGAGCCGCGUCCGAGGGGCCCCGUCCUGCCCUGUGUUUGGGGGACAGUGAAGGUUUGGCCAUGGUGUGUUCGGCCUUGGUGCAAGGUGCUGACCGCAAUACCCAGGUGCUGUGUGAUGUCUCGGGAUGCAGAAGGAUUUCUGUGCCGGGCUGUGUGAGCACCGGGCUCGCCCUUCACCGGGGCAGAGGAGCAGAUGGCCAUGCCAGUUACAGGAAUGGUUUGCAAGAGCAAAGCUGAGACCCACACAUAGUUCCUCCCUUCAGACCAAGUCCACUGAACUCCUUUGUCUAGUGACCUUUUCACAAUAAAGUCAUGUGUAUAACCGAAGAUUAAAGAGUAAAAUGCAGUCUUUAAGCUUUGUAAAGUCAUCACCCCUGCCCCUUCUGCAGUCACUGGUUUCUCACAAAGAGAGUUGUUUCCCUUGUAUCACUUGCAGACCUGUCCCCAGAAAAAUUUGCAACCUCGUGAUACCAAAUGGAGUUUUGG